GUUCAUUGAGGGAAACCUUAUUUUUUAACUGUGCUAUGGAGUAGAAGCAGCAGGUUUUCAACCUAGUGACAGUUACAGAGCAGAAUCAACCCCUCCUUUUUCCACACCUGCAAAUUCUUUUGCUUGGGCUGAAUAUUUAGUGUAAUUACAUCUCAGCUUUGAGGGGUCCUGUGGCAAAUACCCGGAUUAAAAGGUAUGGUUUUCAAUAAUUGUCAUGAACUGUACUACAGACUAAUGAGACCUCGUUGAAGUGGAGAGCAAAAGGAAAUAUUUGAUUCCCAGGCUGUGAAAAUAUAUGAGCUGUAUCAUGAAGGCAACUAUCAUCUUUUUCCUGCUUGCACAAGUUUCUUGGGCAGGACCAUUUCAACAGAGAGGCUUAUUUGACUUUAUGCUAGAAGAUGAAGCUUCUGGGAUGGGGUCUGAACAAAGUGCCCACUGAUCUUCCGCCAGACACAACACUGCUGGACCUGCAAAACAACAAAAUAACUGAAAUCAAAGAUGGGGACUUUAAGAACCUGAACAACCUUCAUGCGUUAAUCCUUGUCAACAACAAAAUUAGCAAAAUCAGCCCUGGAGCAUUUGCACCUUUGGUGAAACUGGAAAGACUUUACCUGUCCAAAAAUCAUCUGAAGGAAUUGCCAGAAAAAAUGCCCAAAACUCUUAAGGAGCUUCGCGUCCAUGAGAACGAGAUCACCAAAGUGCGAAAAUCUGUCUUCAAUGGAUUGAAUCAGAUGAUUGUCGUAGAACUGGGAACCAACCCACUGAAGAGCUCUGGAAUUGAAAAUGGAGCCUUUCAGGGGAUGAAGAGGCUCUCCUAUAUCCGCAUCGCUGACACCAAUAUAACCGCCAUCCCUCAAGGUCUCCCUUCUACCCUUACCGAAUUACAUCUUGAUGGAAAUAAAAUCAGCAAGGUUGAUGCAUCUAGCCUGAAAGGAUUGAAUAAUUUGGCUAAGUUGGGACUGAGUUUUAACAGCAUCUCUGUUGUUGAAAAUGGUUCUCUGGCCAACACUCCUCACCUGAGGGAGCUUCACUUGAACAACAACAAGCUUGUCAAGGUCCCUGGUGGGCUACCGGAGCACAAGUACAUCCAGGUCGUCUACCUUCAUAACAACAAUAUCUCUACAGUUGGAACAAAUGAUUUUUGCCCACCUGGAUUCAACACCAAAAAGGCUUCUUAUUCAGGUGUGAGUCUCUUCAGCAACCCAGUCCAGUACUGGGAGAUCCAGCCAUCCACCUUCAGAUGUAUCUAUGUGCCUUCUGCCGUUCAGCUCGGAAACUACAAGUAACUCCAAGAAAGCCCUUAUUUUUGUAACCUGGCAAAAUCCUGUUAAUGUCAUUGCUAAAAUAAAUAAAUAAAUAAAUAAAUAAAUAAAUAAAUAAAUAAGAGAAUGAAUACUAGGUACUGAAAACUUAACUCUAUUGUGGGUGUUUUUCCCACAUGACUUAUUAUACAUAGAGCUAAAUAUGUGGUUCAAGUAAUUGCCUACAAUAAAAAACUAUUUUGCCUGCCAUCUUCAGAAUCAUUUGUUGAAGGCUGCUGUUAAUGUUAAUUGAGUUACUAUCCGUAUCUUUAUUUCACCAAAUGUAAAACUUGGAGAAAUUAUAUUUACAUGUCAAAAUUUACUAAAGCUUUUUUCUUUUAAUUUUUAAAAGGAACAAAAUAAAAGAGUAUCCUUUUUUUCUGUAAUUCAUAGGGCAAUUAGUUCCUUUGAUGUAAAGUUAAAUGCUCUGUAUUAAUCUCCAUUAUUAUUGGUAAAACCUUAUUUGAAUAUGUGAAAUCAGUAAGGCUAUGUAAAAAUUUUGCUAAUGUCUUUAUUUUGAAAAUUAAAAUGCAUUCAAAUGCAUUUUUGAAAUUAAAAAUGCACUCAAAAUUGAUAUUGCAUAAAAGUUUAAUUGUAAAUAUUCCCUAAAUUCAGCUUUCUGAAAAGAGUUAACAAUAGCAUAUAUCUUCAGGUAAUCAGCCAUUUCUUUUCUUGUUUUUGAUAUUUGAGGAUGAUUUUUUUCCAUUAUCUACAUGCAAUGUUAGGUUAUAAAACACAAAACUACUAUUUCUGAUUAGUUACUAAUUUACUAAAGAAAAUGUAUAAUUAUUAUUAGUAUAGUCAUGCUACUUGCCUGAGCAUUUCUACAAUUACUAGAUGUAUUAGAAACAUUAAUUGUUUUAUGAAUUUAAAAACCCUUUGCCUUAGGGUUUGGAAGCAUCUAUCAAAACAAAUAGCCUGGGGGAUGGGCUGAUUUAGAAUUCUGAGUAAUACAUUUAUACUUAGAAGCAAAAAUUUAAAAACAGGGCUUUUUAUACAAAUGUGAAUGUUUUAUGAUUGUAAAUUCUAGAAAAAUAAAUCUAAACAUUACAGUUUGCUAAACUGUGAGCAAAAAUAAACCUUUUCUUUUUUUAA